AUGCAUAUCGGAAAAGAUGCAGCAAAAAUCUGGGAAUCAAACACAAGUUCAGGUCUUGAUCAAAAUCUGAAAUAUUUUAUUGCUGAUAAAUUACAAUCCAUAUCUGACCGUCUUACUAGUGGAAAGAUAAUUCCACCGGUGGCUGUUGGAUCAAAUCAAGGCGACCGUUUUCAAGUAUUAGCGGUGUCCAAUUCAGAACGUAUUAUUAAAUUGCGGGGAAAUCAAACAGAUGGACGUCUGAUGAUAAUGGAAGGUGAAAUACUAGUUGGUGAAGGUCCUCCACUCCACAUCCAUCAUCGUGAAGAUGAGUAUUUUCACGUUUUGGCAGGUGAAAUCGAAUUUUAUAUUGGAGAGGAAACAAUUCGUGGAACAGCUGGAACAUGGGUCUUUGCGCCACGUUAUAUUAAACAUUCUUAUAGGAACGUUAACUCAACAGGAGCUCGAUUAGAAUUUGUUUUUCAACCAGCAGGUAUCGAAUUCUAUUUUCAAGAGGUUAGCAAAGUUAUUGUUGCACAAGAACCUGAUUGGGCGGAUCAAGCAGCUGCUGUUGCAAAGAAAUAUGAAAUUGAAUUGCUCGGAAUACCAGAUUGGACUGGAUAA